AUGACCUUCAUUCUACGUCUGUUUUUUCUUCAAGUCGGAUUUACAGCUGUUACAGCAGUUACUUAUUCUUGUUUAUCGAAUGCAACAUGUGGGUGUUCAUUGAACUCAGCUGUUCUAACCAAAAUUGUCGGCGGUGAACAGGCAGGUACAGAUACAUUCGGAUGGAUCGUCUCAAUACGUAUAGGAGCGAAUCAUAUCUGUGGCGGUUCAUUGAUAUCAUCGACAAUUAUCAUAACAGCAGCACAUUGUUUAUCGGCAAUAAGAACAUUGUCAACUUUGAGUGUCAAUGUCGGAUCGAAAUAUCUAUCUGUUCUUCGUCAAAAACGAUCUGUCGCUAAGAUAUAUGUACAUAAAAAUUACGACCCAGCAACUUUCGUUAAUGAUAUUGCGAUCAUGCAAUUAGCAACGCCCAUCGAUAUGAACGAUCGUUCGAUUGCAGUGAUUUGUUUACCAACAUCUACUGCUGCAACAGCGAACGUCGAAUAUCCACAAGCCGGCAUAUCGGUCGUCGCAAUAGGUUGGGGUGUUUUAUCAUCUGACAAUAAAACACCCCCGAAUACGCUUCAGCAAGUUACUUUACAAACUGUGGCAAAAACAGCAAGUAGUUGUCGAAAAUCCGUCAAUAAUGCAACCGUCCAAUUUUGUGCCGGUGUGCAAGGAGGAGGAAAAGAUACUUGUCAGGGUGAUAGCGGUGGUCCAUUGAUGAGUUUUACUGAUAAUCAAUGGAUGUUAGUCGGCAUAACGAGUUAUGGUACCGGUUGUGCAUUAGCAGAUUAUCCAGGUGUCUAUACGCGCGUCUCAUAUUACGUCGAUUGGAUCGAUUGUUUCCUAACGAAUAAUACGUACUGUAUCGAAAGUACAGUUUUCAAACAAUACACUGUAGUAUCAGAAGGCUUGACUUUAUUUUUGAAAGACGCUAUUGUACUUUUUCUUUGCCUUGUGAUAUCACAACUACGUCUCACGUAG